UCUGAUGUAGAGAGACACACUCUGGCCAAGUACCUGAUGGAGCUGACCCUCCUCGACUACGACAUGGUCCACUAUCGUCCCUCUGAGGUGGCCGCUGCGUCUCUGUGUCUGUCCCAGCUGCUGCUGGACGGCGUGUCCUGGUCUCCGACGCAGCAGCACUACUCCACCUACGACGCCGCUCACCUGAAGCCCAUCAUGCAGCACAUCGCCAAAAAUGUUGUGACGGUAAACGAGGGGAAGACAAAGUUCCAGGUGAGUCGACCGACAGGAAACACGACAACUUCAGAUUAUGA